AUGGACCGGGGUCUAUAUUUUUGUGUUCCAUUUCGUGAACAACUACUCAAAUAUUAUGAGAAGGUUAAAAAUCCAGAUGUAGAAGAAAAUCUCCUUACAUGUUUGGCAGAACUGUUUACACAGAUUAGUACACAAAAGAAGAAAACAGGUGGUAUUGCUCCAAAACGCUUUGUACAAAGAGUGAAGAAAGAAAAUGAACUUUUCCGUGGUUACACGCAUCAGUUUUUGUUAAACGAACUAGUUGAUAUACUAGAGAAAGAAACAAAAGGUACAAAAGAACAUUCAUCACCUCCUGAAAAGAUUCCCAAUGGCAUACAUGUCCCUCUGGCCAAUGGUGUAAGAAAGGAGCCCUUGGUUACAUGGGUUCACAAAAACUUUCAGGGUAUACUCACAAACGAAACAAAGUGUUUAAGAUCUGAGACUGUAACUGCAAGAGAUGAGACACUCUUAAAUCCGAGCCUUGAUAUUGAGCAAAACAAUUCCAUUACAAGUUGCCUAAAGAACUUCAGUUCCACCGAGACUUUAAAUGCUGAGGAUAAGUUUUUCUGUGAUAAGUGCUGCAGCGAUCUUGACUCAUGGCUCAAGACUCCGUCCAUAUAUGUUUUUGAUUGUUCUGUUGCAGGGAUGAUUGCCAAUGCCUUCAUAGAGGAUUGGACUCCCUCAAGUUCUUCUUUAGGAACUUCACCAAGAGACUGUAUUCUACUUGCAGCAUGUGAAGCACAUGAAAAAGUCAUGAGUUUCCUGUUGAUGUCUUCAUUUCUUGCCUUACAACUCCCAUCAAGAUUGCCUUAA